CGGCUGUGGAGACGAUGUAAUGAAUGGCUCUCCACCAGUGCUUGCUAGCUACAUCUUACAUGCCAUAUCUGGCCGAAAUCACUAGGUGCAUAUCUCGUCUGAGUCCUCUCGAAUUCGAAGUCCCACGCGAUUGAAUAGAGGAAUAACUCCAAGAGCUGCUGCUGUCUUACCAUGUCCGCAUCUCCAUCUGCGCCGCUGGCGGGAAUCCGGGUGGUCGAGCUGGCGGGCCUAGCUCCUGGUCCAUUCGCCGGUCUACUCCUCGCCGACUACGGCGCAUCUGUCUUACGGAUUGACCGACCCCAGGCUCCAAGCCCGGAUCAACUGACCCGCCACAAGACGUCCAUACCCUUGGAUCUCCGCGAUGCUGCCUCUCAUGGAGUUCUCCUCUCCAUUCUGACCACGGCCGAUAUUCUAAUCGACCCUUUCCGCCCGGGAGUUUUAGAGCGCCUUGGCCUUGACCCCUCGGGCGUCCUGCUGAAACACAACCCGCGUUUGAUCGUAGCACGGUUGACGGGGUUUCGGCGCGAUGGGAAAUAUAAGGACAUGGCUGGACAUGACAUUAAUUACAUUGCCGUGUCCGGGGUGUUGUCCAUGCUCGGCCGGUCCAAUGAGCGGCCCUAUGCCCCCGGUAACCUUGUAGGUGACUUUGCCGGCGGCGGGGCUACCUGUUUCCAGGGUAUACUUCUGGCGCUGUUGUCGCGGGAGCGGACCGGCCGCGGUCAGAUCGUCGAGGCUAACAUGGUCGAUGGCUCCGCGUAUCUGGCCUCGUUCCCUCGACUGGGCCGCCAAACGCCCAUCUGGAAUGCCCCGCGCGGCCAGAAUAUACUGGAUGGGGGGAGUCCAUUCUACGACACCUACGAAACCAAGGACGCGGGCCAGUUUUUCGCGGUGGGGGCUCUCGAGCCACAAUUCUAUGAGGCGCUCCUGAAAGGGCUCGGGUUUAAUCCCCAGGAGCUGCCAUCGCGAGAGAACAAGGACAAUUGGCCGGCACUGCGUGCUGCGUUUGCCAAGCGUUUCCAGGAAAAGACGCGCGCUGAGUGGGAGACCGUAUUCGAUGGGACCGAUGCCUGCGCCACGCCCGUGUUGGACCCGGAUGAGCUGCAGGCGGGUGGCUACGAGCUACGCCCCGUGGUGCAUCUCGCUGAUACCCCGGGACUACCCAUCCCGACCGACGACGGAGGGUGGACAGGCGGUGGUCUGAUACCCGGGACCGGAGGACAAGAGACUUUGAAGACAUGGUUGGGUUGGGAACAAGGCCGGGAUUAUGAUGUCAGGCCCGAUGGGGCUUUUGUGCGGCUUGAAGGUGGAGAAUCGAAGCUGUGA